AUGACGGUACUUUACGAAAAUAUUGACACUGAUGGGGACACUCUGAUAAUCAUACCCUGCUUGACCGCAUUAUCAGAGAGCGCGGAUGCUAGCGAGACUACCCAAAGACAUGAAGGGACGGAUCCAGUAACAGAACUGCGGUUCAAGGUAUCCAGAAGCCAUCUUACAGUAGCGUCUCGACGCGCGAGAAGGAUGUUUCAAGGAGAGUAUCUCGAAACCCAGAAAUCUGAGAUUGAUGGCUGCUAUCACUGGAAAAUGGAGCCUCUAUUUGACCCUGAAGCUCUGGGAAUCGUCUUACGGAUUAUACAUGCACAAAAUCAGGAUCUGCCGGACGAUGUCACGCUCGAGAUGUUGGUCUCGAUUGGUAAAGUUGUGGACGAUCUUCAGUGUCACGAAGCUCUGUUUUUCUUUGCCAAAGUGUGGAAGAGUCGAAUUUUCCAACCUAUUCCCAGUCACAUGUGCAACGAGCUGAUCCAGUGGAUCUUCGUUGCAUCCGUGUUUAAAUUUGAUAAAUGUCUUAAUAUGGCGACAAACGUUGCAUUGAUGGAAAGCACCGGACACAUAGAUAGUCUGGAGCUCCCCAUUAUCUCAGACAUCAUCGAUAAAAUUGAGAAGAAGAGACAAGAUUUUCUCAGUGAUCUAGCUGAUUGGCUACAUGCCUCCUUGGACAGACUAUGCUCAGGAAGCCAUUGCCAUGCACCCCAAUGUACGUCUGUGAUGAUUGGGGUAUUGCUAAAGUAUAUGAAGGACCUGAAAUUGCUCAUAUCUACGCCCAAAGAAGCUUUCCCAAAGAUGAGUCUUUCCUCGGCGUUCAAAACAGUGCGAAGCUUUGACUCGCCACCACUAUAUCUCCCACCACAAACUACGACACAGCAGGCAACUUCUUCAUUCUAUUCUUCGGGGUUGCAGCCUAAAGAUAAUGUUUGGGUGCUGAAAGAGGAGAUGUAUCGGAAGUAUCCGAAAGACCUGCCCAAACAACUCAUGACGCACCAAUGCCGUCUACAGACAUUGCUAGAGCCUAUGAUCGCUCACUUGGAGACUCAAGCUAAAAACCAUGAAUUUGAAUAA